AUGAGCAAGGAACAAAAUAAACAACAAGCGUCCAAGAAGACUGACGGUGAUGAAGAUAAAGGUGAUCGUGAAGCCUUAGUUGUCUGGUUAGAUGAAGUAAAUAUGAAAAGUGUCAAACAAGUGGGUGGUAAAAAUGCUAGUCUAGGUGAAAUGAUUCAAUCAUUGAAAGACAAAGAUGUACUGGUACCCAUGGGUCUUGCUACAACUGCCUAUGCCUAUCGAUAUUUUAUCCGAUCAACAAAUAUUGAAGAAAAAUUAAAAGAUAUAUUGUCAAAAUUAGACGAAGAUCAGUUGUCAAAUUUAAAAGAGGUUGGUGAAGAAGCAAGAAACUUAAUUAAAUCUGUGGAAAUGCCAGAUAAUUUGAAGCAAGCUAUUGGCGAAAAAUAUCGACAAUUAUGUGAAAAAUAUAAAAAAGAUAUUGAAAAACAAAAAGAAAAAGAGAGAAAAGAAGAGGGUUUAUUGCAAAAAGUAAAAGAUAAAGUAAGCGAAACAUUAACAACAGUCAUAAGACAAAACGAUAAACAAGAUGAUGAUAAUAAUGAUAUUUAUAUUUUGGAUUGUGCUGUUCGUUCGUCAGCCACUGCCGAAGAUUUACCCGAAGCUUCAUUUGCCGGUCAACAAGAAUCAUAUUUAAAUAUUCGUGGUGUUGAUAAUAUUGUUGCAAGUGUUCAUGAAUGUUAUUCAUCUUUGUUUACGGAUCGUGCCAUUUCCUAUAGAGUUCGUCAAGGUUUUGAUCAAAUGCAAGUAGCAUUAAGUGUUAGAGUGAUGAGAAUGGUAAGAUCAGAUAAAGCAUCAGCCGGUGUCAUAUUUACAUUAGAUACGGAAUCGGGUUUCAAUGGUGUGGUGUUUUUGAGCGCAGCCUAUGGCUUAGGAGAAAAUGUUGUUCAAGGAAGUGUAAAUGUUGAUGAAUGGUAUGUUUUUAAAGAAACAUUGAAAAAUCGUGAUAAAGAUGGCAAACGUCUAAAUCCAAUAAUUAAACGAAAAUUAGGUAGUAAAGAGAAGAGAAUGAUUUAUACGUCAGGUGGACGACCAGGAGAAGCACAAACAAAAAAUAUUGAUACAACUAUUAAAGAGAGACAACAGUAUAGUUUACAAAAUGAUGAAAUUAUUAAAUUAGCUGAUUGGGCAUGUAUAAUUGAAGAUCAUUAUUCAAAAAUUAACAAUAAACCAACGCCAAUGGAUAUUGAGUUUGCUAAAGAUGGUCUAACUGGUGAAUUGUGGAUUGUUCAGGCACGUCCUGAAACUGUUCAAUCUCAAAAAGCGCAAUUGACUACAAUCAAAACCUACAAAUUGAAUAAGGACAAUAAACAAGAGGCGAAAGUAUUGGCAACAGGAAGAAGUGUAGCACGAUCGAUUAGUAAAGGUAAAGCAAAAGUUUUAACGAGUGUAUCGGAAUCAGAAAAAAUGGAAAGUGGCGAUAUAUUGGUGGCUCCACGUACGGAUCCCGAUUGGUCUUCAGUAAUGAAAAAAGCUGUGGCAAUUGUUACGGAUCAAGGUGGUCGUACAUCUUAUGCGGCCAUUAUUUCACGUGAAAUGGAUGUACCUGCGAUUGUUGGAUGUGGAACUGCAACAAAACAGAUAAAAUCGGGCACAAUGGUUACCGUAGUGAAUAGUGAAGGUGAUGAAGGAAAGGUAUAUGAAGGUGAAUUAGAAUAUGAUAUUAUUGAACAUGAUAUUAAAGAAUUACCAAAACUCAAAAAAACACAAGUAUACAUGAAUUUAGCAUCACCCGAUUCGGCAUUUGGAUUGGCGAAAUUGCCAAUAGGCGGUAUCGGUUUGGUUCGAAUUGAAUUUACUAUAUCAAGUGAGAUUAAAGUACAUCCAUUAGCCUUAGUACAUUACUCUGAAAUUAAAGAUGCUAAAAUAAAGAAGGAAAUUGAUGAUUUAACUAUGGGCUAUGAUGAUGAUAAUAAAAAACAAUAUUUUAUUGAUAAAUUAUCUGAAGCAAUAGCUACAAUUGCAGCAGCAUUUUAUCCACGACCAGUUAUUGUUAGAUUAUCAGAUUUUAAAACAAAUGAAUAUAAACAAUUAUUAGGUGGAGAAUUGUAUGAACCAGAUGAAGCAAAUCCUAUGCUUGGAUGGAGAGGUUGUUCUCGUUAUUAUGAUGAUAAAUAUGCAGCUGGUUUUGCUCUCGAAUGUGCUAGUAUCAAACGUGCCAGAGAUGAAAUGGGUUUUACAAAUUUGAUACCCAUGGUGCCUGUUUGUCGUACUGUCGACGAAGGUAGAAAAGUAGUACAAACAAUGGAAAAAAAUGGUUUAAAACGUGGUGUAAAUAAUCUUCAAGUAUAUAUGAUGGCUGAAUUACCAUCAAAUGUAAUGUUAGCUGAAGAAUUUUGUCAAAUAUUUGACGGUUUUUCAAUUGGUUCAAAUGAUUUAACACAAAUGACGUUAGGAAUUGAACGUGAUAAUGAACAUAUUGCACAUUUAAAAAUUGGACUUUGUGGAGAAGCUCCUAGUAAUUAUCCUGAUUUUGCUAAAUUUUUAUUUGAACAAGAAAUCGAUACAAUGUCAAUCAAUACCGAUGCUGUUCUGAACACAAUCCUAUUAUUAGGUAAAAUUGAAGCUGGUGAAGAUGUGAGUAAGAUAAUUAGUGGUGAAGAAGAACUCGAAACAAAAGGACAAAAACGAACAACGGUAAAGAAAGGCGAAACAUCACCGGAACAACAGAAAAGAAUGAAAGGUGAUGAUGGCAAUGGUGAUCAGAACGAAAAUGACGAAAAAACGAAAAAAAAUGAGACAACCGAUCAGAAUAAUGACAAUGAACACAAGGAUAGGGUGUCAGAAUAUCAGUACGCAGUGUAUUCUCAAAACGAGACUGUUUUUUUCAAACUUCCUGGGCUUGGUCCAUUCCCGUGCAUCCCCACUGACAAUACACCAAGCCCAGCAAGUGUAUUCUCAUUGACAAUACACGAGAACAGACCAGAAUACGCAAAUAUACAAAUAUUUUUAAAACGUGCUGGGCUUGAAGUAUCAACGGCGGGAAGAACAGCCCUAGUAAUUGGUUUUGGAAUGAUCGAACAAUCAGUAGCAGAUUCGUUACGGGCGAACAGCUACACUGUCAGCAUUCUCGAUUCAAGCGCUUAUGCGACACUCAAUGGCUUUACGCUCGGCUAUAAAACUGGAACAAAAAUUGAGCUCCUUCAAAACGCCGAUAUCAUAUCUUCAGCUACAGCGCAACAGUUCCUUUCCUAUGAAGACAUAAUGGAUUGUAAAAAUAACGCCGUGUUGAAAAUGAUAAAUAAUCCUCAAUUACCAUUACCAUCGUCAACAAAUACUCAACAACCAUUGACAACAUCAGAUAAUGUACCUCAGCAAGUCGCAUCAUCAAAGCUUAUACCUAGUAUACCAUCAUUAGAUACAAUUCAAUCAAAUUCGACUUUAUUCACAGCAUCUUCUAUCUUAAUAUCAACGGAUAAUAAUGAAAGCAUUAUGCAACAAUCAUCAUCAUUGAAAGCUAAAAGACAAGUGAAAAGAAUAGUUCAAACAAUAGAAUCUUCAUAUAACACAAGAGAAUCAUCAAAAACAACGUGA